AUGGUGUCUGAAGCAGACAUGAGUGAAACUCACGUUGAGAAGCCUGCCCAUUUGAAAUUAGAGAUGCCCAUCCAGGCUCCUUCCAAGAGAAUGCAGCCCCUAGACCAGAAGGGGGAAGAGAAACAGCCCUCGGAGAGUGGUGGGAACAAUGGCAGGAGAUCCAAGUCCUCACCCAUGGACAAAGAGAACACCUAUCCAAGUCGGGAGGCUAAGGUCCCCAGGCAGAAGCUAUCUGGGCAAAGCUGGGCUGUCUCUUCCUGCGGGCUCUUCAAGAGAAGCAGCAAGCUGGAAGAGAAGAGGAGGGGCAGACCAUCUCCCUCCAGAGAGAGAAGAAGAGGCAAGCCGGGAUCCACCCACAGAAGAGAUUCCUUGCACACAAAACUGCAUGGAAAGGAUCCAAGGCCCCAGCCAAGAUCUCCUGUGAGGAGGACUCUGAAGCGCAGUCACUCUGGAGACAGCCAUGAUGCUCCAUACACGUCUGCCAAGAGGCACAGACAGCCUUCUCCUCCUGAAGCCAGCUCAUUCUCGAUGUUCUCGACGCUGAUGUCCAGAGUCUUCACCAACACUGGUGCCUUGCAGGUGGCCCUGGAUGACCUGAAAGCCUCCAGAGGUGCCUUCCUGCGUGUGCACUCGAGCAGCACGGAGCCCACUGUCGCACAGCGCGCCUGGCUCACUUGGCAACUGUCUCAUGCAGGAUCCGCACUUAUGCCAAGCGAGUGUGAACUGCCCUUGUGUGGCACAGACCACCACAACACAUUGACUGGCUGUUCCUGGGGCCAGGCUCCAGUCCUCGUGCAUGCUAAGUAG